UUGUAUUCGUUGGAGUGCUGGAACACGAGAUUACAACGCGUAACCGCCAACAUGGGUUUACUGUGGAAUAUCGCCUACUAUACCUUCCAUCCUUCAGAGCUCAGAUCCAUUGUUCAGUGGAAAGUAUGGCACAACCCUCCACACGAACGGGAUACCUCUAAGGAUCCUGAAACGCUGAAGAAAUGCCUCUAUCUUCUGGACCUGACGAGCAGAAGCUUUUCAGCCGUCAUAAAAGAGCUUCACCCCGAGCUACUCGUUGCUGUCGCCGUCUUUUAUCUAGUUUUACGUGGACUAGAUACCAUUGAAGAUGAUACAUCAGUGCCACUUGACGUCAAGGAGCCGCUGUUGCGAGACUUCAAGAACAUCAUCGAGAAGGACGGGUGGACCUGGAAUGGUAACCGUCCCGAAGAAAAAGAUCGCCAGGUCCUGGUCGAAUUCGAUAAUGUGAUCGCUGAGUAUAAGAAAUUGAAACCAGCAUAUCGCGCAAUUAUCAAGGACAUGACUGAUAAGAUGGGCAAUGGCAUGGCUGACUUUGUCCGAAAGGCCGAAACUGAGGGCAUCAGCGUAAAGACCAACGAAGAAUACGAUCUUUAUUGUUACUAUGUGGCCGGCCUCGUUGGAGAUGGUUUAACACAGUUGUUCGUCGAAGCACAGUUUGGCAACCCUGGAUUGCUAUCACGGCCCAACUUACACAAGUCGAUGGGUCUGUUCUUGCAAAAGACAAAUAUUAUCCGUGAUAUUCGAGAGGACCAUGAUGACCAGAGACAUUUCUGGCCCCAAGAAAUCUGGUCCAAGCACGUCGAGAAAUUUGAAGAUCUUUUCGACCCCCGCUGUAAAGAAGCCGCUCUUAACUGCAGUUCAGAAAUGGUUUUGAAUGCUCUCGAGCACGUUGAUGAGUGUCUUUUCUAUCUCGCCGGCCUUCGUGAACAGAGUGUCUUCAACUUCUGUGCUAUUCCACAGGCAAUGGCUAUUGCAACCUUAGAGCUCUGCUUCCGGAAUUAUUCCAUGUUUGAGCGUAACAUCAAGAUCAAGAAAGGUGAUGCUUGCCGCUUGAUGUUUGAAUCGACGCAGAAUCUGCGUGUACUGUGUGAGACGUUCCGCACCUACGCUCGCAGAAUUCACCAGAAGAACACCCCCAAGGACCCUAACUUUGUGAAGAUUAGCAUCGCAUGUGGCAGUAUUGAGAAAUUCGUUGAGACGCUUUUCCCAUCACAGACUGCCGAGCAGGCCAAACUUAAGCUAUCUGGUCAACCCACGGAAGAAGAUGAGAAGAAGAAGCAACACGACAAGGAAUCAUGGGAAGAAAUCAAGAUGAUGAUGGUAAUAAUGGGUAGUAUUAUUACUGUUAUCACAGUCAUAUUGGUUGGAGCGGCUUGGUUCCUAGGCGCGCGAUUCGAUCUAGCCUGGGCAGAUCUGAGAAAGGGCAAUUUUCGACCGGCGAAUAAGAUCGAGCAUUCGGAGUUAUAACAUCACGAUCGAUAUAUGUUUCCCAGACCUGCUUUUACUUUCACUUCCGCAGGGACGGCUGUGUUUUGACGACUAUGUAUGGGUACACCUAACGUAAUAAUACUAACAACUACAGCAUCAGCUACAAUGUACUGAUACCUUUUGUUCUUUCCAAUUAAUCACUUUCAGUCAGGUUCCUUUUAAGGAAUAGCACGGAUGUCAAAUUGCGAUUCAGCCUUUCCAUGGCUGCAGUUGUGCCGAAGAAGUGCUUACAUUGACUUAAUUAUUCGAGGACGUACUAGAUGUUUGUCUGAUCUACUUUAGUGUGGGCGGUGACAAACAUCCAUUGAGGAACCGAGACAUGCUGUAAACAUUAUAUAGAAAUUAAAGCACAGUAUCCAGGAGCAGACCGGUGCUCAGAUGUUGAGUAAUCAAUUUAAUCAGUCAAUUUUACCUAGGUCCCAUUCUUGCUUUCAUAUUUAUAUUCAAUCAACAUCUGGUUAAUUCGUUGCGUGGUACUUAGGCGGUGCUUUGCCGAGCGAUUUCUAAUUUCAUGCCUAUAAUAAAAAUCCU